UGCUUGACGCAGAUGCGUGACGCAUUAUUGACGAUACGACGAGUAGGGCACCGUAAUGGCACUGAAGAGUGUCGUCGGCUUGAAAAUCACGAACGAUGUUAUCCGCACGGUCAAGAAAAAGGGAGAAUGGAAGGUUCUUGUGGUUGAUCAGCUGGGGAUGCGGAUGAUAUCCGCCUGCUGCAAGAUGCACGAGCUCGCGUCUGAAGGAAUUACGAUUGUCGAAGAUCUGAAUAAAAAGCGAGAACCUCUGCCAAACAUUGAAGCGGUGUAUCUUAUCGCCCCGACAGAAAAGUCAGUUCGUGCCUUGAUGUCGGACUUCCAAACACCAGCCCGACACAUGUACCGGUGUGCACACAUUUUCUUCACAGAGAAAUGUCCAGAUGACCUGUUCACAGACAUAUGCAAAUCAUCCAUGGCAAAAGUAAUAAAGACGUUGAAGGAAGUCAACAUUGCUUUUCUGCCAUAUGAAAGUCAGGUCUUCUCUCUGGACUCUCCAGAGACAUUCCAAUUCUACUACAAUCCAAACCGCAUAAACGAACGCACUUCCAACCUGGAACGCAUUGCGGAGCAAGUGGCAACAUUGUGUGCAACGCUGGGCGAAUACCCAUCUCUGCGGUACCGGAGUGAUUUUGAUCACAACAUGGACCUGGCACAGAUGUUGUAUCAAAGACUGGAUGCAUACAAGGCAGAUGAACCGACCAUGGGAGAAGGACCCGAGAAGAUGCGCUCGCAACUGAUAAUACUUGACCGAGGUUUCGAUUGUGUAUCCCCGCUGCUGCACGAGCUGACCUUCCAGGCCAUGGCCUACGAUUUGCUGCCCAUUGAAAACGAUGUCUACAAGUUCGAGUCUACUAGUGGCAACGACGUGCGUGAGAAGGAGGUCCUUCUGGAUGAGAAGGAUGACCUAUGGGUUGAGCUGCGUCACCAGCACAUUGCUGUUGUCUCACAGGCUGUAACGAAGCAGCUGAAGAAGUUCAUUGAGAGCAAGCGCAUGACAUCUAGUGGCGACAAGUCGAGUCUGAAGGAUCUGACAACGAUGAUCAAGAAGAUGCCACAGUACCAGAAGGAGUUGAACAAGUACUCCACACAGCUGCACCUUGCUGAGGACUGCAUGAAGUGUUACCAGGGUUAUGUUGACCGACUCUCAAAGGUUGAACAGGACCUGGCUAUGGGCACGGAUGCUGAGGGUGAGAAGAUCAAGGACCCAAUGCGCAAUAUCGUGCCCAUCCUGCUGGACACAAGUGUGUCCAAUUUUGACAAGAUACGCAUCAUCCUGCUGUACAUUUUAUCUAAAAACGGUAUCUCUGAGGAGAACCUGACUAAACUGAUUCAACAUGCUCAGAUACCAGCUACAGAAAAGUGCAUCAUCACCAACAUGGCACAUAUUGGGGUUAACAUUGUGACCGAUGGAAGCCGCAAGAAAGUCUACCAUGUUCCCAGAAAAGAGCGCAUAACCGAACAGACCUACCAGAUGUCUCGCUGGACUCCCGUCUUGAAGGACAUCAUGGAGGACGCCAUUGAGGACAAGCUUGAUGUGAAGCAUUUCCCUUACUUGAGUGGAGGGCGUGUUCCCCCCACAGGGUAUGGGAGGUCAGCACCAACAAGUCAGCGCUAUGGCCACUGGCACAAGGAUAAGAAUACACCUAAUGUCAAGAAUGUGCCUCGCCUGAUUGUCUUCGUCAUUGGCGGCAUGACAUACUCGGAAAUGCGCUGUGCAUAUGAAGUCACCAAGGAAGUGAAGAACUGGGAGGUUAUCAUUGGCUCGGACCACAUUCUUACACCCGAGGGCUUUCUCAGCGACCUGAGAGAUCUGAGCAAUUGAGGCAACUGCUGUGCACCAAAGGGAGACAUUCCUGUUCAGUGGGUCCAGGGAGCUUUAUCCCUUCCACAAACCCCUGGCUGCCAAAGCUAUCUGGGAGCCACUCUUUAGCAGAAGUUGGUCUGUCUGUGUGUGUAUAUCAUUGAAAACUAGAGCGACAUGCAUGGAUGAUGUCAAGCAGUGUUGCAGACUUCUACCAGCAUGCGUUGUUGCAUUAAAAAAAAUGCUACUAUACCUGCAGUCUUUCCCACCCCCUCCACUUUUAUGCACAUGGGGUUGUGGCAGUGUUGUUCAGGCAAUCGUAGACCUAGGCAAAAAGGCGUUACGUGCGAGUGUCCAGCAUCUAAUUCUUUAGUGGCAGGGAGUAGGUCUUUCUGUACUUCGCGGGUGUGUGGAGGUGCACCGGUGAAGGCAACCAAGCAAGUCAAUAGACUUUAGUGGGGUGUGUGCAACACUUCUGCAACAUGUACGCAUGGCAAUGCUUGUCAGCAUCGUGAACGUACAUGUGCUGCCAUACAGAGGUUCAGUUGGCACAUGCAAUAGUGCACACUAUGUACAGGCUCUUGCAAUGAGUAGCUGUUGAUGCAGUGGCUGGCAACGCCAGUUCUCACAAUGCACUUCAGACACUACGCAAACAAGCAUUUGGCCAACACUGCACUACAGUGGUUGCAAGAGUGUUGCACUGUAUACUUAUGCUAUUUAUUAAUUAUAGCUAUGCUGUAGCAAUGUCCUCCCGUGCGUGAUGAGCACAAAUGGGAGUUGCCAACACACUGAAGCAUUGCCACACAAAAUAGGCACCUUGCGCACACCAUGCUGAAGCUCACUAAGUCACGUGCUGCAUCCUGCUCUGUUAAAUAUCUACACUACAUUUACAUGAAGUUUUUGCGUUUCUUCUAAUGUUAAACAAUGUGCUGUUGGCAGUAUUGCAUGUCCUCUUAUCAAUCCUGGGACCCGUGUUCUCAUGGUUGUCCAUUACGGAACGAAGAAGAAAACCACUUUCAAUGCAAUAAAUCUGCUUCAAAGCAUG